CCGUAGACCAAGUCAAACACGUUUCGGCCAAUUUUCAAUCCAACAAGGCGCUAUCAUGGACGCUUGACACUUCAGCAUCCAUGCUGGACAACAAAUACCGGCAAGAGACAAACCUUGACAUUGGCAUCGCGUUCAUAGCAGUUUCUUCGUCGAACAUUCCGCACGUGUCAUGCCUGGGGCUAUUGAACUUCUUAUCGCCGCAGAAGCCGCACUUUCGGCGCCGUUGACAUCACUCCGAGUUGCUGGGUCCAAGGUGCUUGCUUCAUCAGCAGAUGGAAAGCUUCUUAUCUGGGAGCCAGCAGCAGAAGCAGCUUGCCCAAGCCAACAGAAUGAAAUGUUGCGCAAGGCCUUUGGUGUCGACAAAAACAACAUGUUUGGAGCUGCUCAUCAUGCAAUCAUGGCAUGUGUCCCAACCGUUUGUUUCGCUCAAGUAGUCGCAGUUUUCCAUGAGAUUGCAAACUUUGCUAGGCGCUCCGGUGGCUAAAGGCUGACUGCACCGGGGACUUUGCGACACACGCAGAGCUGGUCGCCGCAAAUGCCAGCAUGUUCGGGGCAAAAGGUUCAGAUGAGGUUUUAGCCUUUAAGCAGCGCUGGCUGCAAGCGUCGUUGGUCAACUAUGAGGUGGAUGCAAUUCUGGACGUGGAUUUGGCGAACCGUGUGGUGGUGGCAUCCUUCAUGUGCCUCAUUCCUGGCAAGGAGGGGCGUGGCACAGACGUCAUGCAGUUCGACCAGGAGCUCAAGGUCUCAGGUGUUGCAGCCGUGCGCCAUGCGCACGUCGCUUCAUAAGGGUGGCAUUGCUGGGCCUGGAUUUGUGUCCUGUCUUGAUUUCAGUGGAAGACACCAGACACAAAUCCAGGGGAACAGGGCAGCUUUGUUAGGCUGCAUGCUUACGCUGGAGUGUGGCACAUGGAA